CGCCCCUCUCUGCGCUACAGCUUCAGUAGCCGUUGACGGCUCUUGUAGUUGACGGAUCGAUUUACACCUCAAUAAUAUAUAUAUUUUUUUCCCUUUUUCAUUUAUUUUUUUUUUGGGGAAAAAAAAAAAGGAAUACAAGUUUGUUGCUGCGGUGUGGAUCAGGACUGUAGGACUCAGUUUACUCCACAUAUUCAUCACAUAAUCCUGCUAUUACAACCUCGAGACGAGUCGGAACGAGACCAGUCUCAGGGCUCACCAUACUCAAUGAGCGUGCAGCGCAAUGUCAGAGCGCUCUGGGCAAACAGCAAAGGGGAAGGAUGGCAAAACCAAGUAUGCGUCUCUCAACCUGUUUGAUACCUACAAAGGAAAGAGCCUUGAAGUACAGAAGCCUGUUGUUGCCCCUCGUCAUGGCUUGCAGUCUCUUGGUAAAGUUGCCUCUGCUCGGCGUAUGCCCCCCCCUGCCAACCUGCCCAGUUUGAAGGCGGAGAACAAAGGCAACGACCCCAACGUCUCGCUCGUUCCCAAAGACGGCACAGGAUGGGCAAGCAAGCCAGAAUCAGCCGACCCAAAGAGUACCGAUGUAUCGUCAGCACCGCAGCCGGAGUCGCAGCAGCCUGCGGCUUCACAGACACCUGCGCCGAGCCUGCCGAGAACUCCUCCAGCUCAAGAGGCCCCAACUACAGCUAUAGUCGCAGGGACAAGGUCCUGGGCUCAGGCCAGUGUUACACUUGGAGUACAAGGAGAUGGUGGAAAGGGAUCAAACCAACCGUCGCCAUUCUCUCGCGAGGAAUUUCCCACCCUGCAGGCGGCGGGCGACCAGGACAAAGCUGGCAAAGAACAGGCCACUGCAGAUCAGUGGUAUGGGCCAGGACCAAGCCUCCGCCCCCAGAAUGUGACGAGUUGGCGGGAUGGUGGGGGCCGUGGAAUGGCGCCCACCAUAGCUGGGGAGGGGAUGGUGGAGGGCAGCCUCGUGGCAGCCAUGGGAAUGGAGGGUGCAGCUGGGGCCCCUCUCCUUCAGAAUCCCCCCCAUGGGCCACCUAGAAACCCGCCUGCAGGCAGUCCCACCCUUCCCCUCCCCCAGCCUCCGGUUGGCCCGCAGUUCGCUUACAGAGGAAUCCUGCCUCCCUUCAUGUACCCACCGUUCUUGCCCUUCCCACCGCCAUAUGGUCCACAAGGGCCUUACAGGUUUCCCACACCCAAUGAGGCCCCUAGGUUCUCUCGUUCACAGGGUGGGCCUGCACCAGAGGGGAGGCCACCUGGUGGCCCCCGUGGCGAGAUGGUCAAACGCCCCUCCAUCCUAAAGCAGGAUGACCUUAAGGAGCUGGAUGAGUUAGACCAUGAGAUAGAUGAAGGAUGGGCUGGGGCACAAGAGGAGAUUGACUACUCGGCCAAGUUAAAGUUCAGCGACGAUGAAGGGGAGGAAGAGGGGGAUGACGAGGAAAUCGAACACAACAACGGAAUUAUGGAACAAAGGGAGCAGCAGAAAUCCCAAGACGGACCUGCCCUAAGUUCACGUUCCCAGGCAUCUGAUAGUGGAAGCAGUACAAGGCACACACCUCCUGUCCCCACUGAUGAGGCUGCCCCGGGACCCUCCAGCAAGCCAAACUGGGCCGAGGAGGGGGGAAGCAGCUGGGGUGGUCAGGCAAGCGCUGGACCCUACCAGGAGCGUAGGCCUGGACACGGUGGUCCUCGGGAGCAGCCCUCCCCCCCACCAAUUUCACUUCUUGGGCAGGGACCCAACUCCUACUACCGACAGCAGGAACGGGCCUCGAACCAGUCCGUGCCCCAAAAGCUGUCUAAUAAUAAUAAUAAUCAGGUCCAGCAGCCGAAAGGACCUACACCUCCUCCAGCCCUGAUUAAUCAGACACAGGGUGAGGAUGAAGAUGAAACAUGGCGCCAGCGGAGAAAGCAGUCAUCUUCGGAGAUCUCUGCGGCAGUCGAACGUGCUCGGCGUCGCCGCGAGGAAGAGGAGCGUAGGAUGGAGGAAGAGCGGCGUGCUGCAUGCGCUGAAAAGUUGAAGCGGCUGGAUGAGAAGCAGCAGCAGCAGCAACAGCAGCAGCAGCAGCAGCAGCAGCAGCAGCAACAACAACAGCAGCAGCAGCAACAACAACAGCAGCAGCAGCAGCAACAACAACAGCAGCAACAGAAGCCCAGUGCUGCCGUGGAGGUUGCUGCGACCAGCCCCACUCCGUCCUUAACCACUUCAGUUUCUUCAUCCAGCACCAGUCAGCCCCCAUCACCCUGUGUAGACACAGAGGAACCACCUCUCGCAUCUGCUCAGUUAGGUGGCGCUACACUGGCGCUGACUGCUAAUAACAGACAAAGAGCUGGCAGCAAUAGCAGCUAUGACUCUAACACUGAUGCACAACAGGUUGUUCCACCUCCUGCCCCCCAGCAUCAGCAGCCCCAUGAUGUUCCAGCACCAGGGGAAGUCAAGGAGGAACCCGUGCCAAGCAGCACUCAUGUUCGCAGUAGCAGAAGUGGCGACGAGACGGUGAAGGUCGAGACGAUUUCAGGGGGAUCCGGAAGGCCAGGGGGUGGGAUGCCUGGCCAGGGCUUUUCCAAGUAUCAGAAGUCCCUUCCGCCUCGUUUCCAGAGGCAGCAGCAGGAACAGCUCCUGAAACAGCAGCAGCAGUGGCAACAGCAGCACAGCCAAGCUGCCCAAGUUCAGCUCCAGCCACAAGCACCUCAACAGACUCCUGGCGCCACUCCGCAGCCAGGUCCUAAACAGCCUGCUCUAUUCCCUGGCUCCAUGGGACGGCCGCCACCACUGCCCAUUAACUUUGAUCCUCGGUGGAUGAUGAUGCCCUACAUGGACCCUCGUAUAAUGCAGGGUCGCCCCCCACCAAUGGAUUACUAUCCGGCCAGCAUGCAUCCCACCGGGCUGAUGAGUCGGGAGCGUUCGGAUUCCGGUGGCUCUGGCUCGGAGCAGUUUGAUAGGCAGCAGCAUGGAGGUCCCCCCCAUGCUCAUCGUGGUACACCACCAAUGGAUCCUAAACUGGCUUGGGGACCAGAGGUUUUCCCAGGGAGCGGAGAAGGACGGGCUCUGAGUUCCCCCUUAAGGCAGAAACAAGCUCUGGAAGAGGAGGACAUGGGCAAAGGUGCCAGGAGUGACACUCCUCCGGUGCGCAAUCAAGACGGAGGUCCAGGUUCCAUUCAGCCACCUCUUGUGGGUACAAACUCUCCUUCUGGCUCUACUGAUAAAUCAAUAUCCCCUGUGGGGACUCAAGUUGGCCAUCACCAACCCUUCUUGGGAGGGCGUGGCAAUUACAGCAGCUUCCCAGAUCCAGGAUCCAGGAUGGUUUCUCACCCACAGCAGAGGGUUAAUACUGCAGGAGAAGUCCGUGGCUUUGGUCAUCAUGAUGAACCACCACAGAGUGGCCAACAGAAUCAAAUAUGGGGUGCUCCACAUCCCCACUUUGACCGUAAUGGCCGCGCUGAUCUCGCGCCCUUGGACAACACCCAUUUGCAGCAUCACCAUGCCCAUCCCUCACAUUACACUCUGCAUCCACACAAACAGGAGAACGGUAGAGAGAGGGGAGGAGAGCCCAAGAAGACCGGAUCCUCUCCUCCACUUCCCCAGCAAUGCCCUUCUUCUUCCUGCUCUUCUACCUCCUCCGCCUCUUCAGCCAGGGAGGAUGGUAGCGGGAAGCAGUCACUACGUCACUCCCCACACCAGCAUGAGCAUGACACUGGACCUCGUGGUGUUGGUGGACGGAAACAUGACAAACCAGGCAAUACCUACUCUCACUUACAGUCCUCCCAGCAUUCGGUGCAGCAGCACCACCCCAAAUCUAACUCCCGUAGUCGGGAGCAAAAGACUGAAACUCAUUGGGGCCCAAGACCUGGAAGCAGUAGUGCAAGUGGUGGAUCUGUGCAUAACAGAAAGGGAGGACACACAGGAGGGGAGGAUUUGACCCAUCAGGUUGAUAAGCCCAUUGUCCAGUCAGGGGGGGGUAACCCCAACAAGCGAAUGGGUCCUAUUAAGCGACCUGUGCUGAAGGAAAUAAAAAGAGAACUUGGUGAAGGUGAGGGAGGAGAGAAGAACAGCAUUGGCUCUGCAAAAGAUAAAGACCAAACUGCCUCUCAUGUGUCAGUUAAACAAACGUCAGCCUCCGGUUCUCAAGCCCCAUCCGGACCUUCCAGGAAAGAUGAAAGCGCUCUGCCGGGAAAGCCGAGAAACGGUGGCAAGGAUAGAGGUGCUGGUGGGGCCAUGAGUAAAUCAUCCAAAGAAGGAGAAAACUCUGUCCAAACCACUGGUUCUUUAGCUCCACCUUCCAGGAGGGACAGAGAGCAUUCUUAUGAGACAAGUAGCAAUGCAGGAGGUGGUACAUUCCACGCGGGCUCUUCCAGAGGAGGCCGAGCGAGCCGUGGAAGGGGCGAGUUCUAUGGUCGGGGCAGAGGAUACAGAGGCAGUUAUGCAGGAAGUGCACGUGGUAGGGCAGGAGGCCGAAGCAGCCGAGACUACAGAGCCACUGCCAACAGCGGAUAUCACCACGGUUCCUCUAACCAAGAUCACAAGAGGGAAGGGUCAUCUGGCAGACACGGCCAGGGAGGCCCCCAGCCAAACCCCGGACGUGCCCGGAACCACAGCGAAACCCGAAGCGAAGGCUCUGAGUAUGAAGAAGUGCCGAAAAGAAGGAGGCAAAGAGGUUCCGAGACAGGCAGUGAGAGCGCGGCUAGUGACCUUGCACACUCUGACAGGGAGGAUCGUAAAGCACCUACUAAGAAAGGAACAGGGGGAGAGAACCAAGCUUUGGGCAAUGCAACAUCUUCAGCACCACCAAGAAAUACCCAAACCAGAGUGUUCACGCCGAGAGGAGUGCCUUCGAGACGUGGCAGGGGUGGAGGUGCCGCUGGAGGAGGUGUCUACAGAAAUUCAGGUGGUGGAGGAGGCAUGUCUGGUGGACACCGUUCUGGGCCUGGUUCUUCUUCUCAAGGUAUGUCUGCUAAAUCCUCUGCAUCAGCUCGAAAGCAACAUCCACAGCCCUCCCUAAUAAAAGAAGCAAGCCAUGGAUCUAAUGGAGAAAAGAAAGAAAAGGCUACUGAGCAGGGUCAUUCUCAAAACCAGGGUGUAAACUCUUCAAAAUCUCUGCCUGCAGUGCCCACAACUGCCCCGAUGGGCACUGAAAACGGGGGUGUGGCCCAGAACCUAAGCAACAUCAAUUCCAAUUCCUCUGGACCCAAACCGCUUCCUUUACCUAAUGUAGAUGGGCGAAAUGUCCUGCACAGGGGAUUUGAGCGGCCUCCUCGGCGUCGGCGCCACGGUCGCUCCCAACAUCAGCAAGACAAGCCGCCCAGAUUUCGCCGGCUCAAACAGGAGCGGGAGAAUGCUGCCCGUAUCAACGGAAGCAGUGGAAUAAUCGAAGCUGUAGGCGCACAGCCACAGCCGUCUGCUUCGCCAUCCCAGAAUCCGGUGCAAGACGGAACGUCUAACGUAUCCAGUACCGCCGCCGUUGCAAAUGCGAAUCACAAUAUCGCCGCAACCAACAAUAGCAGCUAUCUUGGGGGUGGAAACCUGAAUUUGAAUAGCCACCACCAUCACCAUCAUCAUUUCCAUGGCAACUCUGGCCUGCCCCAUUCUCAGCACCACCAUAACCACAACCAGACGGGUGGCGCCAAAUCUCCAGAUGUCUCCAACCAUAACUCUGAUCAGGCCAACGAGGAAUGGGAAACUGCCUCUGAAAGCAGUGACUUUGCAGAGUUUCGAGAGAGGGAAGGUGGUGGUGGUGGAGUUGGUGGAGGAGGAGGUGGAAAAUCCUAUUCCUCUUACCACCACCACCAUCCUUCUGGAAGAGGAAGCGGAGGUGGGGGAGCUGUUGACCGAGAGAUCACUAAUAAAGAUUCGGCUGCCAAUAAGAGGAGCUUCUCCAGCCAGCGGCCUGGGAUGGAAAGGCAGAAUCGACGGGUCAGCACCGGAGGCAGUGGAGGUGGUCGAGGUUCCAGGGGUCCACCUAACAGUGGAGGACCGGGUGGUUUAUCGGGUAAUGGCGGGCCCAAUCGUGGUGAGAGGCGUGGCAACUGGUCAUCUCCCAAGAACAGGAAGUGAAUCCUUUUUUCUCCUUUUAAUUUAGCAACAUUUCAGAUUCAUCCCUCGUUCUCUUGAUUCUUAUCCCCUCAGAUUAUUACCAUUAUUAUUAUUGUACAAGAUAUAGUUAUGAAGAUGUACACACUCAUUCUAGCAUCCUCUGUUUAAUGCUUUGUGUCUCGUCCCUUUUUAUUUGUCCGUUCACACUUUGCUUUCCUUUCACACGAGCCCCAAGUUCUUUUCCGAUUCGACACCGCAUUUACAUUAAUUGACAACAAUUCAGCUGUAAAAAAAUAAACAAAAAUAAACAAACAAAAAAAAAAGGUUGCAUAUACAAGCACAAUAUGACCUCAAACUGACACACAGAUGCUUGACGUGUGACUGCAGCGUGUCGGAGGCCUACGUUAGUAGCACGCAGUAGAGUCUGGAAGUAUUUAUGGAAGGCCGCUAAUUCGUGAUGUCCCUGUGUAUAUUUAUACAUUGUCGGGGGUUUAGCAGUACAGCGUAUGCUUCAGGUUGGAAUCGGGGUUAGGUGUGCAGUUACUCUUUUAAUAUGAAGAUAUAUUCCAUAGAUUUCGCCUUUUUUUUUUUUUUUUUUUUUUCUUUUUUUUUUUUUUAACCACAUUGUUACGUUUCAUAUCCCCUCCCUUAAAAAGUUAGGGCUGUAAUGUUUCUUUUCCUCUGCAAAGCAGGUCAUUAAAAAAAACAACAUUUUUUAAAUCAACAUCCUUCUUGAAUAUUUUUUUUGUUCCGGUUCAUUGCAUCAUUUUGGCUUUGUCCAACCUCCGAAGUACUAAUGUUCCACAUUUACUGUUUCUAAUAUCACUGCUGUAGCUCCUGAACUAUUUAGUGUGACUUUUUAACUCAAGGUUGUCGGACGAUCGCUUCUCUGCUCCUGCAUUAUCAUUUUUUUCCUUCCUCAGCAGGUCGUAUUUUCAGCCUCUGCGUAGAAUAUUAAUUCUAGUAUUUGAAGAAAAAAAUUUCAACACACACUUUAUCCCCCACUCCAGGAACAUCACAAUUUACAUCAUCAUAAGGAUUUUUUUUUUUUUCUCCAGCAUACACUUCUUCUAUAGAUUACAAUUUUUUUGGUGGAAACGUUUCUGUUUAGAUCGCAGAUACCCUCGCACUCCUAAACUUCACGUUUUUUUUUUUCUCUUAUCUUCUUAUCUUCCUUUCUUUAUUUCAUUUACUCUACAUCUCUGCCAUGUUUGAUUCAUUUAUUAAGUGUCAUAUUACGGUUCCUCUUAAACCAAAAUUGUAAGUAUUGCGCUUUUGUUACUUUUUGUGUUACUUCGUUGUUUUGUUUUGUUUUGUUUUUUAUAGAUUGAAAACGUAAGCGCGCUUUCUGUUUCACCAUCGGUUAGUUCCGAUCACGUUUUGCUUUUUCGACAAAAACCAACCGAGACGCCGCUUCCUGCUCGGGGGUGGCGGUGCUACAUGGAGUAUCGGCGACGUCUUGGUAGGAAAUUUCGCGCCCGAUUUCCGUGUUUAAACAUUUACACACACUUGCUUCUUUUUUUUUUUUCUUUCUUUCCCCCUCUUAAAACAGUCACCUUUUUAAAAAAAAAUGUAAAAAAGAAUAAAAAAAUGUUGCACCCGAGACGUUGCGUAAGUCAGGUUCGCAUGCGCCCACACUCAAAAUACAAUGACUAAAAGUACAGAUCUGACCUGAAACAGGUGCAAGGACACGCCCUUGUGUAUUCUGACCAGCAUUUUACUACUGCUGUAAGUUGGGGUUUGUUUUCUGAACGUUCCCGUGUGUCCGAGUGUAGUCUGGGUAACCGAAUAGAGCUUCUAUAAAUGAAAUGCAGGAGUGACUACGGCAACUAAUGAGUGCGAGUGUGUGUGUGCGUUAUCUCUACUGUAUGUAUAAUUUUUUUAUAUUUUUUUUUUUGGGGGGGGGGGUUGUGUGUUGUUUGUUUUUCUGUGGGGCAGUUUUUUUCUUUUUCUUUUUUCUAACCCGUUAGUGGGAUAAUAAUAGGAUGUUGAUACUGGUGUUCACUAUAUACACUCAUGGAUAUGCAUUCAAGUGUGUGUAAGUUUAUCCGAAUGAAGUAAUGAAAAGCAUUUGACAUCUCGUCUCUCUGGCAUUUAUUUUUGUUCGUUCGUUCGUUCGUUUGUUCGUUUGUUUUUGUUUCGUUUUGUUUCCUUUGGCCCCCUGACUGACAUUAUAGCACGACCGCAUCCUCGUCCGCACCUCGGUGAGCCUGAACGUUUGCAGCUACGCGUCUGGUUCCGAGCGCUAUCUAUCCUUUUUUAUUAUUAUUUCUUCGCUUCUAGACAUUUAGCUAUCUCUCGACGUGGUCAUUAUCGUAUGUACCCAUGUUUAACGAGUAAGUAAUACUACCCAUUCGAGCGUAUUCCUGGAAUACUCAAAGAUUGUACUAUACUUCUGACCGCACUAAGGUACCUGAAGUGGUUACAGCGUUUAUAGCAUUUAUGGUUUAUUACUGGAGCCUUGAUAUACACACAUGUAUGUAUAUUGGUAUGUAUCUAAGUUCGUCUACCCCAACUUACAUUCCCAAAAUAAAAAAAAAUAAAAAGAGAGAAAAAGAAAAAAAGAUUGUUGCCAUUUUUAAGUUCAUGGGAGCAAUGUACAAGCAGAGAAGUGUCUUAUUAUAAUAAAGUAUACAGAGAAAAAGAGUUAAAUAAAAAUCUUUUUGUUUUAAUGGAA